AUGUCUAUUGCAAAACAUGUGGUUAGCUAUCACGAUGCCGAGUACUUUGGUCAAGUCAUUGACGAUAUUGCUCGAGAGUUACUCGCCUACGCCGAAGGAGACGAAGACCGGGCCUUUACCAUCUGGCGCCCCCUGGUCGAGGACAGGGAGCUUGUCGCCGAGAUGCUCGGCAAUGGCUUGCUCGAUGCCAUCCUGGAAGAGAUUGUUGCUCGCUACAUGCCUUCUCCCUGCACUCUCGGAGCUGGACGCUACACUUACAUCCUGGCUGUUGUUGCUGCCAUGAAGGUUGGCGCCAUCAUUGCCCCUGUGCACUUCGAAUUCGCCAAGGCAUUCACACCCCACCUCGUCUCCCCCUUCCACCAACUCCAAGUCCUCACCGCUUGCGAGGAGUACAAGAACAACGGCAAACGCUGGAUAUUUGAAGCCAUGUACGCGAGAACGCUCUCUCGCCACAGGACCCGGGGUGCAAGAGGAGAUCCCAGACUUGGAAACGGCCUUGGACACUCGGCCGACGAACUUCCAGCGAGACAUUGCUGCAGCAAGACGUGCAUCACCUGCGGGAGUCCGAAGCCCCGUAUAAUCUGCAAGGGCUGCAGGAUCUUUCGGUAUUGCAGUAAGGGCUGCCUCGAGCAUGAUAGGAAGCUUCACAAAGAGACUUGCCCUACGCGGCCAUACGAUGGCUCUUUCGGGGCGCAGUGGUACAUGGAAUGA